UGGGCUAAACACUGUUCAGUUAUUCGAAAACCCGUGGACGAUCGACGUGCGUUUUAUUAUCGUGAUUGUUUCGCGUGUGAUUUGCAAAGACGGAAAGUGCUGUGAAUAAGUACUAAACGUACUUAAUGUUUAGUAACUUGUGAAUGUGUAUGUCGUGCUUAACUGGUGUGGGGAGAGUUAUAAUGUAUUUGAAUCAACGAAAACAGCAAAUGAGCGUGAAGAAAGCAUGAAAUUCAAAAGUGAUCCUUAAAAUAUUUGCUUACAAAAAUAAUAGUGUAAAAAAUGGCGCCCCAAAGGUGAUAUACAAAGACAAUGGCUACUUUCAGAUUGCCAUUACACCUUUGUAAUUCCAUAAAACAGUACUGGUCAAAAAUAAUCAAAUUAAAAACAUUCCGAAUAAAAAUUCAAAUUGGGCAUCCGAAUUCGCGCCAAUACGCAUCGCUAAGGAUAGUUUUUAUAUUAGUAUUACUGUUAGGAGUGACUUCAAGUGGUAGUAAUUUUGGUGGUAGAAAUUCUAUGCUAAGGACUAGAAUAAUAGGUACACGAUACGGGAAGUUACAAGGUGUUAUUUUACCUAUGGAUCAACACAAGUAUCUGAAGCCUGUGGAAGCGUAUUUGGGGGUGCCAUACGCAACGCCACCGACAGGAUCAAAUAGGUUUGCACCAACGCGGGCACCAGCUCCUUGGAACGACGUGAAAACAGUUGACCAGAUGGGUCCCGUGUGCCCACAACGGUUGCCAGAUAUCGCAAACGAGUCUAUAACUUUGGAAAGGAUGCCAAAGGGAAGGCUGGAAUAUCUCCGGAGGUUACUGCCGCGGCUGAAGAAUCAGAGCGAAGAUUGUCUGUACAUGAAUAUCUACACACCAGUUCAAGUUGGGCCUACGUUGCAAGCUAAAUAUCCUGUGGUGAUCUUCAUUCACGGCGAAUCUUUCGAGUGGAACUCCGGAAAUGUCUACGAGGGAUCUGUGCUCGCGAGUUAUGGCGGUCUUGUUGUUAUAACCAUCAACUACAGACUCGGUAUAUUAGGUUUCCUAAAUGCAAAUCCAAUACCACACAUCAAGGCUCGAGUGGCUAAUUAUGGUCUUAUGGAUCAGAUAGCCGCCUUACACUGGGUUCAGCAGAAUAUUGCGUUGUUUGGUGGCGAUCCUGGCAAUGUUACAAUGCUGGGCCAUGGAUCCGGUGCAGCUUGUAUCAAUUUCUUGAUGAUAUCACCAACUGUGAUGCCAGGUUUGUUCCACCGGGCAAUAUUACUGUCUGGCUCUGCAUUAAGCUCUUGGGCAUUAGUCGAGGAUCCCGUUAAUUACUCCGUCCAACUUGCGAAGCAAUCAAACUGUACUCUCCCUGAAGACAUCGUUAAAGAUCACGAACUAAUCGUGGACUGUCUUCGAGAAGUACCGCUCCAAGAACUAAUGUCUGCCGAAAUUAACACUCCGAGUUAUUUAACAGCCUUUGGACCAUCAGUUGAUGGAGUAGUUGUAAAAACUGAUUACGCUAAAGAAUUGCUUACAUUUUUUAUACCAAACGAUCUUCAAGGUUUUACAAGUGUGUCGGGCGUGAAUAAUAUCAAGGCGGAUAAAAGAAGCGGAGACAAGAUAUUUGGGAUAAGGGGUGGACAGAAUAAAUAUGAUUUGUUAUUUGGUGUUGUAACGAGUGAAGCGCUCUGGAAGUUCUCGGCUCAGGAUAUUCAGAACGGGUUUGAAGGUGAACGGAGGGACAGGAUAAUAAGAACUUACGUUAGGAAUGCCUACACAUAUCAUUUGAGCGAAAUCUUCUUCACGAUAGUCAACGAAUACACUGACUGGGAAAGAACCGUGCAGCAUCCAAUAAAUACGCGAGACGCGGCCGUACUCGCGAUAUCUGAUGCACAGUACGUCGCACCACUCGUUCAGACCGGAGACUUCCUCAGCGUGGCGAAGAGUUCACCAGAUUCUGGACCAAAUACAUUCUUCUAUGUUUUUGACUAUCAGACAAAAGAUGGUGACUAUCCUCAGCGAAUGGGCUCAGUGCACGGUGAAGAGUUGCCGUAUUUGUUCGGAGCGCCGCUCGUAGAUGGACUCGGUCAUUUCCCGAAGAACUACACGAAGUCUGAAGUGGCACUCUCUGAAGCUUUCAUUUUAUAUAUGGCUAAUUUUAUAAGAAGCGGGAAUCCCAACGAGCUUCAAAGGCAAGCGGAGCCAACGCUUCCAAUAUCCCGAGAACGAAACAAAUACAAGAGCAUAGUUUGGGACGAAUAUGAUACACUUCAUCAAAAAUACUUGGAAAUUGGAAUGAAGCCGCGAAUGAAAAACCAUUACCGGGCACAUCAACUAUCAGUUUGGCUCCGGCUCAUCCCAGAGAUACACCGAGCGGGCAUGAAAGAUGUCAUCAACAAACACAACCUAUUCCGAAACCACAACGACCCAGAACUGUACGACGGCUUAGUUCGACCCGAUCCUCUAACACGCACUAACUACUACGAUCCAACUCUCGAUCUCUACAGGAAAUCCUUCAACAUCACUCUUGAUAUCCCGUCUACGACAAUGGACACUUAUGUCACAACUUGCAUCAGUGUCAUGACCCGAUCAAACCCCGUCACACAAAUAAACACUUCACAAACACAGGAAUCUACUUCUGAGGUUGCCGGCUAUACGGCUUAUUCUACAGCACUCAGCGUAACAAUUGCUAUUGGCUGCUCCCUUUUGAUACUAAACGUGCUAAUAUUUGCCGGUGUCUACUACCAGAGAGAUAAAACGCGGUUGCAAGUCAAGGCUUUGCAACAACAGAAACGGAAUCAUAACACUUUUGAUAAUGUUUCUAAACAUCCGCAUUACUUUGUGGGUCAUUCGCAAAGUUCUAGCACUAUCGUGGAUAUUGACCAUCAAGAUAAAAAUGCAAUUAUUGCGAUGACCAAUAGAGUUCCUCAUUUUACGAAUGCAAACUGUCCUAAUGUUUGCCACACUGGAAUUCAAAUGUCAAAUAUAUCAAAAAGCUCCCCAAAUAGGGGACAAUGUACAACUUUACCGCGUAAAGUAGGGUUUAGCUACCAGAACCAAAUCUGCAACGCAGCCAGUUGUAUGACUUUGCCAAAGAACGCCACGUUUAUGAGUGGGGCAAACUUGCCCGAUGUUCAAGCUCAGACGGGGCAAAAUCAGGCUGGAAAUGGUUCAGUGUCCGGUUCAUCCCCGCAAAAUUUUCAGAAACCGCGAGUACCGCAAGCAGCUAUGUCGGAAAUGAAUGUAUGAGAAAUCGAAGAUAUUUACAAUUAUGUGUAAAGUGAUGUCGCUGGUAUACAUAGUUGUAAAUAUCGCUGAUCAGAUGUAAAUAAAUGUAAGUGAAACUAAUACAAGCCUUUAUGUUGUUGAUAAUUUUUUAACUAAUGGGAUAAUGCCAUCUAUAUUUUCAUAUUAAAAUUGUAAUUAAGCAUUCUCAUUAGGGACGACAAAUGAAAAUACGACAACUUGUAAAUUUAUUUAAAAUAAACUAUUUUUAUUUCACUGCGCGAGUAGGUAAUUGUGCUUAAAACCGUAAUAAUUAUUUACGCUGUCCUUCAUAAUAUUUAAAAUAAAAUACAGUAUUUGCUUUGCCUAAAGCAAGUGCUGGAGAAAAACUCUGUAAUUAUGCGCAUUGAAAAUGAGGUUUGAACAUUAAAGAAAGUGACAGAAAUGCAUUUGUUUGUCCGUGAAAUGAGUGGUCGUGAGUUGACAGGAGAAUAAUUUACUCAUUAAAAGUUUUUAUUUUGCUGAAUGUUAUUCCUUAGCCACGUUUUCAGUGCAGUAUGAAUAUAAGCUUAUUCCUUUUGCCUUAUUCCUAAAAGAUCUCCAUGGUAAGCACAAGAGCUUACCGAAAAUAAAUAAAAUACAAUAAAUAGAAUGGACUGGGCAUCAAUAUCAACGGCAAAUACAUCACUCAUCUCCUAUUCACAGAUGAUAUUGUAAACCAUAUGCCUUAAGAUCAUGAUUAAUGCCCAUGUCGCACUUCUGUAAGAUUUGGGAACUGACCUCUCGUAAUUGUUGACAAAAGUAAUCUUGGGACAAAUAGUCCAGUUGGGCAGAUCCAAUUUCGGGAAUGAGGUCACUCGUCGAAUUCACCUCGGAUAAGCAGCAUUCGGUCUGAAGCUCCUUAAAAUCCUCUCGUCCCAAAUACCGAAAAGUCUGAAGACGAAGCUUUUUGAAUCGGUUUGUGUUGCCAGUGAUCACAUACGGAACGCACGCAGCUUGCUAUAAUAUCCUCAAAUGGCAACCACGUCCCGGAAAACGCAGUGUUGGUAGGCCUAUAGGAUGGACCGACGAUCUGAUCAAGAUCACCGGAGUAGGUUAGAUGAUUGCAGCGCAGGACCGAUCUUCAUGGCGAUCUUUGGGGGAGGCCUUUGUGCAGCAGUCCACUGCUGUCCACGAUUUCCAGCUGAAAUGGAUGGAAAAUGGAAUGAUGUAAUAGACGGGGGUUAUCCUUUUUAUCAAAUGAGCUUAAUACUCAUCUGUUCAUGGAUAGUAUAAAAUAAAUAUUUCGUCUUUGAAAUAUAUCACAUACGUUAAAUAUGAAUUACCAUGUAUUCGACGAAGUUUUAUCAUUGGAAUAAGAAUGACGUAAUCUGCAGCUAUCGAAGCAACAAAACGCGAAGGCAAUGUGGGGAAUAUCACAUUAAUGAAGGGUUGACUGCGUGUGUUUUGCUUGACUGAUGCGGCCAGAGCUGCUGCUGGUCAACAUAACAACGUUUGUGACAUAAAAAACGAAGAAUAAGAAUUAUACAAUACGGUUAUUCAACCCUUAACUGAGAAGAAAACUUUUUACAUAAAAUUUUAUUGAUUUGACGCAAAUGAGUGAAUAUUGUUUCUAAGGUAACGUUAAGCCGUGGCGCUAAUUCCUGUGUAGCUUGGCUCAGAUCGGCCCCCACCAUGUCUUUCAAUUCAUUGUUAUCCGCGUGGUUCGUUCUUCAAAUCAAAGUUUCCAUCACGAAAGCGUUAAAAACCAAAAUCGCACGAUGCGUUCAUAGGAGUCCCAUCUCCAAACGCAACAUUGAUAUUGCAAGCUGUUUCUGCCGCGUUAGUUCCGCGUCGGAUCUCGUAUUCAAAAAUCACUCGAAUUUUCGAAGUAGGAUCUAUCAUAAUAAAAGCCAAAAGAAAUCGAUAAUCGAAUGUUGCACAUUUUUUAAAAGAAGAACUACCUAUAUAGGUACCAUGUAAAAAAAGUUUCACUCAAAAAUAACAAACCAUGAAGGUUAUAUGUCAAUUCGAAAUACCUUUUACAAUAAAACGGCAAUUUCAUACUUGUUAAAUCCAAUGGUAAAGUUAGUUUAUUAGCUAGACAAGCCUUUACAAAUUAAAAUCUCCUACACCUUUAGGUUACCUGAAAAAGAUCGCUUUUAAGCGAUAUGUUCGCCUUUUUGCGCUACCAUAUAAUAUGUAAUUGAAACAAUAUUUUUAUUAGUGCAAUUAAGAAUUUUCAUUCAUUCAUUAACACUUUGUAGCCUACAUUAGCCGUAUUUCUAUGUAAAUAAUAUUCAUCAAAAGGAUAUGUAUAUUCAUUUAAAAAUUGAUAAAAAUAAUUAAAUUUAAAAGUUUAUUGGGUAUAUUUUGCGUAAUAUCAAUAUUAAUUACAUUUCCGGUACAUAAAGGCUUGUAGAUAAAAUAUAAUUAUCUCGACGAGUUUUAAAUAAUAGUUUAAACGACAUAAUUAUGUAAAUCGAGUCGAUCAGUGCAUGUAUAUAUUCGGUUCCAUUAUGAAUGGAUUUAAAUUGAAUUUACCGGCAAUUCAUAUUUAUUAUCUGACCUCAUGUACAAUAUAACUCCACUUGUAAUAUUAAUGUCAUUUGAUGACGUCAUUGUAUAUAACUUAGGGCGUUAAAGACUGUAUGUAAAUUUAAUUUUGUUUUAAGUUUUCAAUUAUUUUUUCUACUUCUUUUGGUGUACUCAUUUAGAUUAUAUUUAUCUAUUUCUAGGUUUGUUGACUGGUUCUGGGUUGGUUAUGAUAUUUUUAUUUUUAAUUGUGGUAGUUACAAUGAUUAUAAUUUUAAUUUAUUAAUAGCUUUACAGCGCCUGAAAACAUGCAGUUACUAGUAGAUAGAUUAGUUUCUGAGAUCCAUAAGGUAUGAGAAUUGGCGGACAUAUUUUAUUACUUAAACUAGCAAAUAUAAUAUUCUUUGGUCUUAAUAUCAGCUUUGAACAAUGCUAUUAUUUUAUGAUAUAAUCGUUCAGCGUUUUAUUGUACGUUUUUACACCCAAAAAAAACUAGGAAUUACUAGUCAUUAUGCUAAUGUCACAUACUUGUUGCUUCUGGUGCAUUUAAAUGUGGAGAUAGCCUUCUCUUCUAGCUUUCUUUCAUGCUGGAUAUGGUCUUAAAACUACGGUUCACGGACGUGUUGAUGUUAAUAAUACGGUUAAGAUGCAUAACAAGUGCACAUAAAGGAUAUUUGUUCUUUAUCUACGAGUCCGUCAAGUGAUGUGCAAGCUCCUUCAGCGCCUAUAAGAAUAUUAAUUGCAAAGUGAUUUUUUUUGCAACUAAAAAUAUUAACAUAUUUUUACUUGUUAUUUUAUCAAUGACUUACCCUUGCUGCGGGAUUUAGAUUCAAACAUGACCGUUUUCCUUUCAAUGCCAAAACUUUAUUUUAUUCUCAAUUGAGUUUGUGAUUCUUUCUGCGCGAAACAUCAAUAGUGGCUAAAAGUGCGUACAGACUGGUGAAAAUUAACAUGAAAUGUAUCAUUCUACCUUUCAUUGCAUGCUUUUUUGUCCUUUCAUGAUACAUUGCAGCAAUGUGUACGCCGAAUUCAUUCAUUGCAUGAUAAUAUAUUUCAUGUUGCGUUUCACCAAUCUGUACGCAGCAUAAUAAAUUAAUUUCAAACCUGAUAGUUAUCCCAUAUACCUAAUGUAUAUUAAUUUUUGUACUACUAAUCCUCUUUUAAUGUUUAAUAAACAUUAAAAGAGGAUUUAAUCGAGGUUUGAUACAAUAAUGACCCUUCUUGUAAAGUUAAAUGAGUUGUAAAUCAUUGGUAUACUCGUAGUUUUCUUAGCAUCUUCCCUGGUUGAAUUUUGGAAACAAAUAAGAUAAAAUUGAACAUCGUAAUGAAUACUUACUAUGUUCAAUUUAAUAAACAUCUGAGACACAGGGACGUAUCGAUAGUAAAACAUAAAAAUAGAUUUGAUUUGUUUUUGUAAAUGACACAAGAUACUGUAUAAUAAUUUUAAAUGUUUAUUCUGUAACGAUAUAAUCAUUAUUUUGUGUACUGAGGCGUGUUUUUAGCAUUACGUUCUAGAACUUUUUCAUAUUUUAAAAGUAGAAAUUCCUGAGCUUAAAGCAUCAUUAUUAAAUUUGUGAUUAUCAACAAAGUUUUGUUUUCAAAUUUAAUUUGUUUAUAAAUCCUAGAAGUGAGAGUUAUCACUUUAAAAACAUAACUAAUUGUUUAGAUUUGCAUGACCGAGAUCUCAAGUCAAUUUCCUAAAAUGCAAAUACUGGGGUUGAGCAGGUUAUCAACUAUAAAGUAGAUCCUGUAUAUGAAGCCACAACCUGAGAGUUGAACAAAGCAUGCAAGAUUUUAUGACGGUACGGCACUCGAACGGUUAGCUAAGUUUGAAGAGCACGGAACGCUAGAGGUCGUGAGUUCGAGUCUCGCAACGUUCAUAAAAUUUUGAUUGCAAAUUUUAUUUGUGUACCAACUUUAUUAUUUUUAUAGGUAUAAAUAAUGACACUACAAUAAAAAGUAUUCGAUUUUGCGUAUUAUGACAGUUGAUUUAGAGUAUAUAUAUGUUCCUAUCCUAUGUAAACAACCCUUUAAGGUUUACAUUACAUUCUGAGAAAGAUUCUGUUCUAAUUACGUGUUCAACAGAUAUGUUUGUGUUACCAAUAAGUUUUCGAAUUAAUUAUGAAAAUUAUACAAAGCUGUAAAUUACGUAUAUAAAAGACUUUUAUUUUUGUUUAAUAAUAAUUACGUUGGAAUUCGGAAAUAAUAAACUUUUAAUUCUUACUAGAGCCACUCUUAAGAAAUAUUGAGCAUUUGUUAUUUGCGUGCACGGACUAGUAAAAAAAUAAGGACUCCGUGUCACCGUACAUAACAGUGUAGCACCAAAAAAAGCCGAUUAACGUGUAAAUACAUAGCCCCAUGCAUACACUUAUAAAAAAUUGUAUCCCCUGUAACCGCACACACACUAGCAUAAAGGUGCUUCACUUGCUAAUAUCACGGCGCGGAGUCCUUCUAUUUUUACUCGUCCGUGUUUGCGUGUAAGAGUGUGUUUGAAAGAGAUAUAAACUUAAUUAUAGUUGCCUUCAUUAUUAGAACAUUUUGUGUCUAUGUAUAUUUUAAUUAUUAGCAAAUAUGUGUAAUUAUUAGUGUUAAGAUAAGUACCAUCUUAAAAGUUUGAUUUCUCAUGAAGUGUUAAUCUUGUGGAUAUAAAUUAA